CGUAACGCAAUCUAAACAAAAGGAGGAAGUAGGCAUGCUGACCGGGCUCUGGACUUGGAGGCCUUGGUCCCACAGCCUAACUAGCCCCAUAACACACUCCAGAAGAAAAAGGCUAACCUGCCCACUAAAACAUUGAAGAAGAAGGCUUUACAUAUAAAUAGACGGGCCCACCAGCAGUGGGUACAUUCACUCAUUGGCAUCGUGGGCAACACCGUGGCAGACCAAGCGGCCAACCUGGCACACUCACAUCCCCAGCCAACAGACAGGCCACCAGACCACCAUGGAUGAAAUAAUAAUGGAUGCCAGAUUGAGUAUCCACCCAGAGGAGAACCGACGAAAGUUUCUCUUCUCUGGUAUUCCUGCAAACCUGGAAAAGUCUCUUGUGCAAAAAAUUGAGAGCUUGCAUGGCAAACUUUUGAAUCCUGUGAAGGACACAUUUCCAAUAAGUUGCACACAUGUGAUUGCCCUAGAAUUUCAAACAACAGAGAAGAUCUUAGGUGCUCUAGCUGGAGGAAAAUGGCUGUUGUCUGCCAAGUAUAUCCUAGACAGUUACAAAGAAGGCCGUUGGCUCAAGGAGGAAGGGUAUGAACUCACUGACUUCAAUGAACUGGCCACAUACCACCGUCGGAAGAGGAUGUUGAAAGGGUAUGGCUUGUAUGAGGGCUGGAAGAUUUUGGUAUUGCUCAAUCCAUCAGUCUCAAGAAAAUUCAAAAGGAUAUUAGUAGCUGGAGGAGCUGAAAUAGCACUGAAGGAUGAUACCUCAAUUAUUGAUUUUGUGGUAACAAAUAAAGAGAUGCUUGACCAUGCGAAGGCAAUAGUAGACAGCGUCAUACCUCUGGUUGAUGUUUCUUUCAUCAGGAGCACUUUGAUUCUUAGGCAUGAUCCUGUUGAUUUAAAGACAUUUGACUUGCGACAUGAUCCAAAGCUUGAAACUUCUUACAUAUCUGCAGGCAGAACCACUUCAGUUGCAUCAGAAAAGUCCCGGAGUCUACAUGGUGGUAAAAAAUUAUCUGAAAUACAAGCUGUCAAUAGUCCUCUUGGCAAGAAAGGAAAACUCCACUGUCGGUUCAAGCAAACAUCUCUGACACAGUUUAUCAAGAAAGAAUUUGAUCAAGUUAAGAAACCUUCAUCAGGUUACAGUAUUUGUGAUAAAAGGAGUGCUCUUGGAAAAAAAGAUUUAUCGGGUAAAAUAAAUAAUGUUUCCAAGUCCAGCCAUUCUAAUAAUACUCUGUCAAGUGCUUCAGUGGUGUAUGAUGUGGAGGAUAACAGGGAUAACAGUCAGAAUGGAGAUAGACUUAAAAGGAGUGAUACCAACCAAAAUGAACGAACUGAAAGGACAGCUCUUGAAGAUAGAACGCUUUCAAAUAUUCCAGUGGUGUACAAAGUGAAUGAUGACAUACAGAAUCAAGAUGAACUGAACAGGAAUCACAUUAAUGAUAUCCAACCAAUUGAAAAGAAAACUUCUGAGGAUAUUACAUCAGUGAAUGCUUUAUCAGUGACGAAAAAAGUGAAUGGAAACCUACAGAAUCAAUAUGGGGAGAAGAGCAAUUGCAUGAGUGAGAUUCAAACUAAAAAGUGUGUGUCUAAGGAUGUAACACCUGUGAGUACUUCAUCAGGUGUUCCUUCUGUGGAGAGCAACACUCAUAAUGUUGUACUGAAAGAGUUCCACAUUUGCAUGGGGGAGAAGAUAAAUGCGAUGAGAGAGCCUAAUCUGUUUGGAAAAUCUCCCUUACCAAAUUGUGAUUGUAUAAAUUCAUAUUCUAAGAAUCCUCCUGAACUGUUGAAAAGAUGGUCACUUAAAUGUGGUAAGAUUACCUCUGAGCCAACUGAGAAGUGUGUGAUGGCGAAUCCUUUAAGAUUCAUUAGAAAAAAGUCUCUUGAUUCAGUGUCAGAGCAAGUUCUUCAGCGCAAAGAGGCAGUGUCACCAAACUCACAAAUUUACACUAUAACAAAAGAACAUUUUUUUAAAGUUAUAGUGCAAUUUUUGAGAACAAGGAAUUACCUCAAUGACAUAUGUAGUAAAAAUUCUCUCUGUAUUCCAAGAGGCAUUGAAAAUUUUCCAAAUCUAAAAUGUGAGACUCUUGAUGCAGAUAUUGAUUCACAGCAAGUUUUAGAUGCACCAAAUUAUCAGCAAUAUUCUCAUGAACACAGAGAAUUGACCUCCAGAGAACUACAUUUCUAUACCUGCUGUACUGAAGUUGAUGAUACGGUAAAUGAGAAAGAACUCCUUGUUAAUGCGAUGGAGACUUUGUUGCUUCAGGUGUCUUCAUACGUUUAUCCUCCACCUAGCAUUUUGGGAAGUCUUCUGAAGGAUUUUGUGAUAGAGACACAAUUCAGUGUGGUCCACUCCAGAGCACUAAGAGUUGCCUACAUGCUCCUCAGUCUACAUCCUCCUGCCAGUACAAAGAUGCAGACUUACUACUUGCGUGCACUGAAGCAUGCUAUGAAGCCUAAUGACUUUGGGAGUUACAUUCCUUGGAAGUUUGUGCAACACGUUAUACAACUUGCUGCCUGUAUGGAAAGUGAUGAGGCAUCCUGCUUCAACCAAAAUACAGAGGAAGAGGAGGUCCUUGAUAAAGCAACCAAAGCACUCCACCUUCUUGAGUUUAUUGUACUCCUUCUCACAGAAGAUGUCAGACAUUCUACUUAUGGGGAAGGGGUUCAAGACCUCCUUACAUGGCAGAUAUUUUGUGGCACUUCUGAAAACUGCCAUGUCUUGAAAUCUCCAGUGAAGGAACUUAUCAAACUAUGGAUGUCACAGCAGACCACUACUACUGCCCUCCAGUGGCAUCUUUCUCAACUGGUCUCACUAGUGCUAGAGGCAUUGUGGAAGUUCAGUGGUCAACCUCUCCUACCUGUAGAUACCCUACCAACUUCUCUGGCUGCUGUCCAAAAGGAAAUACGAAUCUCUUUUAAAGGUUUGAGGAGUCAAGAGCAUUCGGAGUUGAUCUGGAGCUUGCCAACUCCAUGGGCCCGAGCUGUAGUCAGCUUCAUAAUUGUCCAAGAAAAUGCCCAGUGCCUCAAUAGGAUUAGUUUACCCUACUGUGAUAUCAAGAUCACAAAUUCUGACAGAGAAAGUGAAAGGGAGAACAGCAUGGAGCUCUUCUUAACUUUGGCCAAUUGCUACUUGGAAAAUUCCUGUAACAGAUAUGUGGGCUUGACAAUAAAGAAAUUUAUGAGUGAAUUGUUAAAGAAUGCAGAAAUGAGAAAAAGGAAAAAAGAUGGUGUUUUCACAUUAAGUCUCACAAAAAAUUAUUGCCAGACAAGUAAAGGUGAAGAAACUAAAGCAACAAAAGAAUGUAUGCCACAGUAUUUAAACCUUCUUGAAAAAGAGUGCUUACAAGAAUUGAAUGAGUUUGAAAAAGCUGCAGUUGCCAAGAUUAUUAGCUGUAUCAGGCAGGAUAAGGAUGUCUCCAGCAAAUGGUCCAGAUAUGGUCUUUCCCCUGGUGAGAAAAUAGAUACAAGACAGUUUUUUAAAACGUUAUGUUUAUAAUGUUAGAUUUAACAACUGAAAGAGAGCAUUUGAAGCGUCUAGAACUCAAGGGGCAAACACGCCAUCAUGGCGAAUUUUGAGUUUUCACCGGUUUUCAUUGGAUGGAAGCACUGUGCAACCCUCUGUGAAUGUGAAAAUGGGAAAUUGGUCUCUCUGGCUCAGCAGAUGGGUGGUGAGAGUAGUGUGUUUAUGUCUGCCAACAGAAUGUAUGAAGUCGGCUGUAUCAAGGCUCGAAGGUAGUAAAACACUCAUAAAUUGCCUAAAUAUGGAAAUUUUGUUUUGAAAUUUAAACUGGCUUUUAGUUAUAUAAUGUUCUUUUAAUUUUCCGAAUGUGCAUUAAAUUGGAUGAUAAAUAUGUAUCAAUAAAAAACACCCUUACGUGUUUGUGUUUGUUUUCUAUUAAUAAAUAACACAUUUUCAUACAACCACUGAUUCCAUUGAAUUUAUCUAGCUGAAAACUUUCUGUUGAUGUAUGACGAUAUUUCUAUGUGUGUUUUUCCAUUAUAUUUUUGCUAUGCCUGACUUUGAAGGCCUGUAGCUCAAAUCUAGGUAAUUGGCUUGUUUGCCCCUUGAGCACUAGACGCCUCAUUUGGCAUAGUGGUCUACUUUUAAGUUCAUAAACCUUGUAUUAUAGUUGGACAGAAGACUCAUGCAUCCUUAAUUUAAGAUGAUCCCUAAUUUUAUGUGUUUAUUUAUGAGGUUAAAGGGUUGCUUGUAUUUACUGUAUGUACUACACUUUUUAGUAAGAGAAUUUAUGAAGUAUUUUAGGCAAAAAAAAUUGUUUUAUAUUAAAUUCAACAUGAAAAGCCAUAAUUUCAUAUAUCCCCAAAAAACUUCUUUACUGAACUGAGUAAUAGUUACUAUAUAUUUUCAGGACUUCGAGAAUACAAACUGAUGGUAUAAGAUAAAAUCUUUAUUCACCUAAUAAAUAUUUUCUUGAUAUAAGGAAAAAUGC